AUGGCAGACUUAGAAAUUCCCAGUUGGUGUUCAGUUGAUGAAGGUUUUUCAUCAGAUGGUGAAGGCAAAACCGCUGCUGUUGCUGGAAUAGUUUCGUCACCAACACCGAAGUCGUCGGAGUCAAUUGGUGAGGAUGAAAAUGGUGAAGCUGUUGCUAUCGAUACUAUGGACGAUGCUGCUAGUACUUUGUGGGAUUGCAUUGAUGCCAAUGAGAUGAAGAAGUUUCAUUUUUUGAAUCGGCAGGUAGCAUAUGAGUUCUACAACUUUUAUGCUAGAGUGAAGGGGUUCUCAAUAAGGAAAAGCAAGAUUUUCAGAAACAAGAAAGGUGUAAUUGUGCGCCAAGACUUUGUGUGUCAUAAGGAAGGUUUUCGCGAAGAGAAAAACAGAAUGAGGGAAAACCGUAAGAGGGAAACUAAGGUUGAGACAAGGUGUGGGUGUUGUGCAAAAAUGAGAAUUCGUUUGGUGGGUGAUAGUGAUAGUGGUAGGUGGCAUGUUAACUUAUUUGGAGAUUGUCACAAUCAUGCACUGUUAGAGGGAAAGCAAGCAUCCAUGUUACCAGCACAUCGGAAGUUAAAUGAAGGCGAUAUAUUGGGAAUGAAUAGUAUGCGGAAAGCUGGGAUUAGCACCACACAAAUAUACAACUUUAUUGCUGACCAAUCCGGGGGUUUUGACAAAACCAAUUUUCUCAAGGUUGACAUGUGCAAUCAAUUGACCAAACAGAAACAAAAAGAGCAGUGUGAUGCAAAAGCUGUUUUGGUGUAUUUGAAGGGACUUGGUUCAGGUGAUCCAGGCAUGUUUUGGUCACACCAUGCUGAUGAACAAGGCAAUUUGAAACAACUGUUUUGGGCUGAUGGGAUUAGUCGAAUGGAUUUUCAAGUGUUUGGCGAAGUUCUAGCGUUUGAUGCAACUUACCGGAAGAAUAAAUAUGGUUGCCCCAUUGUUGUUCUUGUUGGAGUUAACCACCAUUGCCAGACUAUUGUGUUUGGAACUGCAGUUUUGACAAAUGAGAAAGAGGAAAGCUAUGUGUGGGUACUUGAGCAGUUUUUGGCAGCUAUGAAGGGUAAGGAACCAAGUGCAGUUAUAACUGAUGGUGCUCCUGCAAUGCGGAAUGCUAUUAGUCGAAACGCACAGAGAAAUGUGGGUGACCCUGUUUUUGUGAAAGGUUUUAAAAGCUGUAUGUUGGGCAAUCUAAGUGUUGGGCACUUCAAAAAAAAAUGGGUACAAUUGGUUAGCGAUUUGAACCUUGAAGACAAUCCAUGGGUUCAAGGGUUGUAUGAGAAGAGGCACAUGUGGGCUACAUGUUUGAUGCGGGGUAAGUUCUUUGCCGGUUUUCGAACGACAUCUCGCUGCGAAGGUAUGCAUUCACAAAUUGGUCGCAUUGUGCGAUCUCGAAAUAGCCUUCUUGAGUUUGUUCAGUAUUUUGACCGUUAUGUCAAUUACAUGCGAUGGAGUGAGGUUGAUGCGGACUACAAGUCAGUGGUAGGGGAUGCUGUGCCUAAGACUAAUGUUCGAGCACUUGAAAAAUGUGCUGCAGAUCUAUAUACUAGGACUGUUUUCUUAAAAUUCAGGCCAUGGCUGAACAGUGGUAGUGUAAUUAAAGUUGCUGCCAUUAAGGAGACAUCAUCAUGUAUGAUAUAUUCCAUGUACAGGUAUUGCAAACCUGGUAAGUUGUGGCAUGUCGCACACGAUGUACAAGUGUCCACGUUUAGAUGUUCAUGUCAGCGGAUGGAGACGUUUGGUCUUCCAUGUGAUCAUAUUAUUGGUUUGUUGGUGCAUUUGGACAUUGAUGUGAUACCUGAGAGUUUAAUAUUGCAGAGGUGGUGUAAGUCAGCAAAAGAUUGUAUGAAAGGAAAUUCUGAAGCCUCAUACAAAUUCUGGGAGUCAACAGUUCUUGCUAGGCUGGGCAAAAAGGAAGCUGCCCUUGGAGCUGGUGGUGAGAACCUUGAUGAAGUGGUGGAUAAUGUCACAAAUCCUGUCGUAGUGAGGAGCAACGGACCAGGUGGAACCUCAACUGGGAAUGGAAACAAGGGGAAAAGAAAGUGCACAGUGUGUAAGGUGGAAGGCCAUAACAGGGCAACAUGCCCCCAGAACAAACGAGCCAAAGUUUGUAAUGAAGCUGGAGCUGGUCCUUCUACUGCCUCCUUGGAACUGCAUAUGGCUGAAUGUGUUACAAUUGUGAUGUUCCUAGGGAUUCUAAGGCCUUUUAUAAUUGGCAUUAUGUCUGAUGCUAUCAGAAUGCCCAUUAUAUUAUAUCAGAUAAAGUUGCCUGGUACUGUCAUUAUUAUAAGAAAUCAUGUGGUUUUAUUUUUUAGACUGCAUAUGUUACUGGAAUGUUUGGAUAUUCCCUCACAGUUAUUGCAGUAUAAAUGUAUAGUGAAGCCAAAUGAGAUAUCUGUGUGA